AUGGCGAAAUUUAUUCUAUCUAUUUUUAUUGUUGUUAUAUUAAUUAUUCAUAUUAUAAAUGGUCGUUAUCUCGAUUUUGAUUAUCAAACGGGAAAUAUUUAUAAACGUGGCUGUUCAGUAUCUGUAUGGUGUAGUGGUGGUGUUUGUUAUGGCAGUUGUGGUUUCUCUUCCUGUUUAUUACAAGAUCCAAAAAUCGGUUUACCAGGAAAGUGCCAGUCCAGUGGGGACUGUAAUGGAUGCUGGAAUUGUUUCAGAUCAUGUGGAAGUGGUUAA